GGAUCGUAUUCGAAUAUAAAACCGAUAAUAAUAAAUAAUAUGUGGUCCUUUUUUUCAUUUCUGACAUUGUUCUUAUCAUUUACAUAUGUCACAAUAAUAAUAAUAAUAAUAAAUGCACUUGUGAAUGAAUUUGUUCCGGAAUAUGAAAUGUGACCCCAGGUAGCCCUAGUCCAUAUGUGUAAACACCAACAGCCAAAAAAGCCAGCUGUUUGCUUGUGUUUCACCACAUAUUUUGAUCAAUCACGACUUUUUUGAUUCUGACUUCGAAGCUAGAAUGAGUCAGCGUGUACCGAGUUGGGACGUUGAAGAUGAUCAUUAUAACUCCAAUACUGAUCGCCCUCUGAAACCUUUCUUCCCUGCUCCUACUUCUAACUCCAUGUCUUCCAAUCUUGAUGUUCCUAUACUAGAUUACGAAGUGGCGGAAUUAACAUGGAAAAACGGACAACUAGCCAUGCAUGGCUUAGGUCCACGGCGCGUGGCUUACAAACCCCAUGCCUGGGACAAGCCACGCGCCGCCGAAACCCUGGAGACCAUAGUCAACCAAGCCACCUUCCAACCCCACCGCAAACCACAAACUGAUCUCUACGCCGACGACCUGGUUCCAUGGCUGAACCACCAUAACUCCGCCGUUGUAGCCGGUAGCGUUAGCGCGUCUGCCACCAUGACGAUGGACGCGCUAGUGCCAAGCUCAGGCACUCAGCUGCUCUCUGUGACCAACUGCUCCACGCGCGUGGGGUCAUGCAGUAGUGACCGGUCCGGGGUUGGGGACCACGUGGUGGCUCAUGGUGGUGGUUUGGCGGCGCGUGAGUGGAGUAGUUGUCGGGAGCAGAGUGCGAGUGGGAGUGAGAGUAGCCGACAGUUGACCGUUGAAACGGGGAAGCGGGAAUUGGGUACUUCCAUGGGGUCGCCGGACGAUACUGUCUCCGGUAAACGUUCUACGAAAUCAACGUCUCCGGAUGAACACGACUCGGUUUGUCACAGCAGGCCUCAGAGCGAACCGGAAGAGAAGAAGAAAGGUAAAGGGAAAUCUUCAAUUUCGACUAAAAGAAGUAGAGCGGCUGCGAUUCAUAAUCUGUCUGAGCGGAGACGAAGAGACAAGAUCAAUCAGAAAAUGAAGACACUACAGAAACUUGUUCCGAAUGCUAAUAAGACGGAUAAAGCGUCAAUGCUCGAUGAAGUAAUCGAAUAUCUAAAACAAUUACAAGCUCAAAUCCAUGUGAUGAGUAGAAUGAGCAUGUCGCCUAUGAUGAUGCCAUUAGCGAUGCAACAACAACAACUACAAAUGGCCAUGAUGAACCCCAUGGGAAUGGGAAUGGGCAUGGGAAUGGGAAUAGGAAUGCCAGGAGUGAUGGACUUAAACACCAUCGGUAGCGGCCGCCCCAACAUCCCCGGAAUGCCACCCGUCUUCCACCCUUCCACCUUCGUGCCGCCGAUGAUGGGUUCGUGGGAUAUGCACGCGGCCAUCGGAGAUCGUGUUCCGAAGCAAAAUGAACCAAUGGCUGCCUUCCUUGCAUGCCAAUCACAGCCAAUGACAAUGGAAGGCUACAGUAGAAUGGUUACCUUGUUUCAGCAGAUGCAGAAUCAGCCUUGCUACCCUGGUCUCAAGAAUUAAAACUUUUAAGGGUUUUAUUUCGUUAUAUCAUUGUAAUGUAAUUAAAUUAUGACAUAAAAUUAAAUAUAUAAGUUAAUUUUAGGUUAAUGUAGCGUGUGUAUGUAUUGUUAGGUUUUACAUGUGUUAUUCAAAUGUAAUGUAUCCUAUGAGGUUUAUCGGAUUAUUAUCAAGGAUAAUUAUUGUUUGUGUAUU